UUUUCAGUUCGCGAGAGUAUCAACGGUCGGGUUAAUUUACGUCGACGGCACGCGAGUUAAUUCGCGACUAUUAUUAAUAAACACUAAUAAAACUGUCGCCGAGCGUGAACUGAGAAAAAGUCAACGAUAAUGCAUCGCGUAUGGAGGAUGGCGCUUCAUGCAGAUCUACAAGACACGGACCUAUGCAAGGAAAUACGAUUUUUAGCUGCCGCCGCGAACGAUCCAAGACAAAUGUUGGAUUAAGGGCUCGAUGUCGUCGUCAUGGUGUUAAACACCGAGUGGGCCCAAGUUGAAAUAAUUGAUUUGAUCAACGACGGUUCUGGUUUGGCGUUCGGUAUCAUCGGCGGUAGAAGCACCGGCGUGGUUGUUAAAACCAUUUUACCUGGAGGGGUGGCCGACAGGGACGGACGGUUACAAAGUGGCGAUCAUAUCCUUCAGAUUGGUGACGUAAAUUUGCGGGGGCUCGGAUCCGAACAAGUCGCUUCGGUGCUCCGACAGUGUGGGGUACACGUGCGGAUGGUGGUGGCUAGGCCAGUUGAAUCCACGUCUCCGGAUUUUCAGGCUCUCGGUAGUCACGCUCCCGUAGUUUCGACGAAGAUCCUCGGCGAUCCUGUGGAGCUCGACAGGCACCUGGUCGAAAAUGGGUAUGCGGAGGCGUUGGGUCCGCCCCCGGUCACGUUCAACCCCUACGUCUACGCCGGACAACCUACAGAGUUGCACCUUCACUCUAUAUCUGGAAUCGUGGAUGUGGUCAAAAAUCCGCUUCCCAUCGGUCGACUUCCCGACGUACCGCCCACUAUUCCCGAAAACUGUCCGAAAGCGCAGCCUGCCAACUCUGAGCUACCGGAGACUGAAACCUUUACCGUUGUACUGAUGAAAGAUGAUCUCGGACUCGGUAUUACAGUAGCUGGAUAUGUUUGUGAGAGAGAAGAAAUAUCCGGAAUUUUCGUAAAGAGUGUAAGCGAAGGAAGUGCCGCCGACUUGACCAAAACUAUAAAAAUCAACGACAGAAUAGUGGAGGUCAACGGUUUAUCUGUAAUAGGAUACACGAAUCAUGAAGCCGUCGAGCUGUUGAGAAAUACCGGUCCGAUGGUUAAUAUAAAAUUCGAACGAUAUCUCAGGGGUCCCAAGUACGAGAGGCUGCAGCAAGCGAUCAAAGCGAACGAGCUUCGACCUCCAUCACCCUCCUCACCCACAGCGUCUUCGCUGCCAAAAGUGCCGCUCAGUUUAGUGCAUAUGAGUCACUUGGGAAUCGAACCAGAAGGAGAGUCUCGCACAAGUAUAGAUUUCGAUUCUGCCGUGCUGUUGGAUAACGACGAAGAGGAAAUCGUAAUCGGGGGACGAAAAUCGCUUGACUUCAGCAUCUCUAGCCGCGAAUCGAUAUACGAAAAGUGGCGGUGUAAAUUUCCAGAAGACGUUCGUAUUGUCAUUGCCCAAAUGCAUAAAGGGGAAAACAACGGUCUAGGUAUAAGUCUGGAGGGCACCGUGGACGUAGAAGACGGCACGGAAGUCAGACCGCACCAUUACAUACGAAACAUUCUUCCCGACGGUCCCGUCGGAAUCUGCGGAGUGCUGCAAUCUGGCGACGAAUUAGUGGAGGUGAACGGUAUUCAGCUUUUAGGUCUGAACCACUUGCAAGUGGUAUCGAUCUUGAGGCAACUGCCAUCUUUCGUUAGUUUAGUAUGUGCGCGGUAUCCGAUUCCUAUGAGGGUGAUCGAUACUUCCCAACACCCACAAGCCUUCCAAGCGCGGAAAAUACUGGCCGGUAGUUUGCAGAAUCUGAUACAGCCCGCAGACCAGAAUUUUUUAGUAAAAGCAAAAUCGGAAAUAUCUAUAGUGUCCAGCGUCGGUAGUGAGGCCUGCACGACGAACAGAUCUAGGUCCCUGGAGAUUAUUGCCGGAUUACCCAUGUGGUGUGAAGAACCGAUCACUAUAGAAUUGAACAAAGGCGAACACGGCUUGGGAUUUUCCAUUUUAGAUUAUCAGGAUCCGUUGGAUUCCGACAAAACUGUGAUAGUUAUCCGAUCGUUGAUACCUGGCGGAGUAGCUCAAACCGAUGGUCGGCUAAUACCAGGCGAUAGACUUUUGGGGGUUAACGAUUUCAACCUUGAACAUGCCGGUCUUGACGUUGCAGUCCAAGUCCUGAAGGGAGCGCCCAAAGGCAUCGUCAAAAUUCUCGUGGCCAAACCCAUAAACGGAGGGGAGACAAUAUCUCAUGCUAGUCAGGACACUGAGGAAGAUAACACGUGCCUGGACGAUUUUCAAGAAUGCAUCGAAGAAUUCCAGGAGUGUCUUGAUGCCGUGCACAUCUGCAUCGACGACGAUUACUCGUUCAAUCAUUCAUCUUGCACAUCGCGAGCGGAGGAUCUCGGCCAAAAAAACGAUUUCGUAGAUAGUGCGCGCCUGAAUACCAAAGACAGGGAUAGUAACGCGUGCGACAGUGACCAAGACGCGAGUUUUAAAAGUACAAACGACGUUUCAGACAGAGCUAAACCGAACGACGACGAAACUAUUUUAACUAAUAGUGUCAAUAAAUUAACCAAAAGCAAAAAUCUAACUUCUUCGGACUGGGACGGUUACGAAACAUGUCCGAACGAAGAACAUUUUGGCAUAAGAGAUUCACCGCGGAUAACCGAAGUACAAAUAAAUGUAGUCGAUAGGGGGCGUUCUAGACCCGACGAUUUAACUCCGACCAAUUCUAGGUUAAAUUUGACUAGCCAAAUUCACAAAGACUUAUCUAAACCGCGUGCCAAAGACGUAAUUUCGGAGCCUUGUUUACACGAAAAAUACGUCCGUUAUACUGGACGCGUUUGCUUAGCUUCGACUCUUGAAGACGAUUUCAAAUUGUACGAUAACCGGGAUGAGUUUUUUCUAAUCCAGUAUCCGAGCGACGAUGGAACGACGGCCGAUGAGGUUUGCAAGAGUCUGAGCGUGCCGAAUGUUCUCGAAACCUACGAGAUACCUGUCACCGGAAAAUUAACAUAUAAACUGCGGGAAUACUACAACGAUUACGAAAACUGCCUCGAUUCGUGCGCGGGAUGCGACGAAAUGAGCGAUUCUCAGAUUUUCAACGAGAUAUUUUUGCCUUUUAAGAGCAAAUCGGCGCCGGACGUCACAUACGGGUCUUUCGUUACAUUAACUUACGAUCCAGGGCCCGGUCACGCUAGGAGAAAGUCCGCUUUCGUUGCGGGAUAUCCCUAUGAUGAAAGUGAGAUGACAGUAAUACGGCAAAUCGAACCGGAUUAUGGAACCAUGAAAGACCACGAACCAGAUAGCCAAUUGAAUCGGCAUUUUGGCCCAACACAUACGGUCAAAGUUUUUAGAGAACCUGGACGGAGUUUAGGGAUUAGCAUUGUUGGAGGAAAGGUGGAUAUAGAGCACUCGGAUAAUUCGACUGACCCACUACUGGGAAUAUUUGUGAAAAACGUUUUACCAAACAGUCCUGCUGGAAAAACCGGCCAAUUUCAGGUCGGCGAUAGAAUAUUAGAAGUUGGUGGAAUUAAUUUGCGGCAUGCCAGUCACGAAAAAGCGGUUGAAGCAAUAAAGAAUGCACCCGAUCCAGUAGAGUUUUUCGUUCAAUCACUUAUACCUUGGGACAAAUCGCAAUCUCGUCUGAUUAACGACAGAGGAAUUAUUGAAACGCCAAGGCCACCGGAUCUACCGAGCAACGAAAUUGUCGAGAAUCAUGACGAAACUAACGUUCGGAUUAUGGAAAAUGUCGUUCCUGGUUCAAAAACAUUACAGGAUUCCACGGGACUUGCUCAAUCGCCUUUGCCAAAUCAACACUCGCCAGAAUACAUUAAAAAAACUGUAACAAUUAAAGAACCGGACGAAGAAGUGGACGGUAAGGAGAGCCCGGAAACUUUAACGCAAAAAGAUGCCACAGCGGAGGAAUCCGCGAGCAGUGAUGACGAUUAUGACGAUGACAUUGGGAAUACGGAGCUGGAGGGAAGAACGCUAUCGGCGAAAGGCCAACAGAUUGACCGUGCCAGCGCUGGAAAUGUGAAACGAACCAAGGAAGAAAUCUGCGAAGACUUGGAAGACGAAGAUGAUUUUGGAUAUACGAUGCAUAAAGUGAAAAAAAAAUACAGCAACCUGGGGCACACGAUACUGAUAGUGCAGUUGGAACGCGGGACUCACGGCGGUCUUGGAUUGAGCUUGGCUGGCCACAAGGACCGCAAUUGCAUGGCUGUCUUUGUAUGUGGUCUGAAUCCUAACGGGGCUGCCUUCAAGACAGGCUCCAUACAAAUUGGCGAUGAAAUACUUGAGGUGAACGGCGUCGUGUUGCACGGCCGAUGUCACCUAAACGCUUCUGCCAUUAUUAAAAGUUUAUCCGGACCAGUUUUUAAAGUGAUUAUCUUAAGGCGGAAAACUGCUAUCGAUGACAUUGCCGUUAAACCAAUCACCCAGUUUCCUAUUUCAUUGGCAGAGGAGACUUCCGAAGAGCAUUUCAGCGCCAGCUAUCCAAACGUCCGCACUGUCGCUGUCAAAAAGCAGGCAAACCAAAGCUUGGGCAUUAUGAUAAUCGAAGGGAAGCAUGCAAAAGUCGGACAAGGUAUCUUUAUAUCAGACAUACAGGAAGGCAGUUCUGCGGAAAAGGCUGGCCUUGAAAUUGGAGAAAUGAUCCUGGCUGUCAAUAAAGAUUCGUUAGUCGGCGCUAGCUAUGAUACGGCUGCCACUUUAUUAAGAAGGACAGAGGGAUUGGUAACUCUGGUGGUAUCUAAUCCCAGCGCAAAAGAUACUUCCAGAUCGGUAACCCCCGUGCCCACCACACCAACUCCCGCCCUUCAGACCAACGAUGUUGUUGAUUUGAGGAAUCAUCAUACCCCACGAUCUGCUUUAAAAGUGACCGCUCCAUCUCGUUCGCCCACGCCCAUACCCGAACCACCUCCCGACCCCCUAACGGCUUCCAUUGUUCCCGGCAAGGAAACUAGUAUCGAAAUAAAUACCGAAAAUAAAACUCUGGGGGUUGUAUUCGUAGGCGGCAAAGACACCGCAGUCACCGAAGGAAUAAUCCUGACAGAUAUAUACCCCGGGGGCGCGGCACACAAGGACGGAAGAUUGCAACCCGGCGAUCAAGUCUUGGACGUGAACGGCACAUCCUUGAAGGACGUCACCAAUAUCAUCGCGUCUCAAUCAUUGAGACAAACACUGCCAAAGAUGAAGCUUCUCGUAUAUAGACCGAUGAAGGUACAAUUCAUACCUGUGGAAAUAGAUUUGGUUAAGAAACCAGGAAAGGGCCUAGGGAUAAGCGUUAUGGCCUUGAAGUCCAAAAAGGGAGUGUUCAUUUCGGAUAUCAUCGCCGGAGGUGCAGCCGAAGCAGACGGUCGAAUAUCAAUCGGCGAUCUGCUGACUUCGGUCAAUGGGCAAACCGUGGAAGGCGCGUCGACGGAGGAAGCCGGAGCCAUAUUAAAGACGGCCGUGGGAAAAGUGUCGAUUAAACUAAAUAGAUAUAAAGUUAGUAUAAGUAAAUAAAUACGGUGAUGUUGAACAAUGUAAGUUGUGGGUGAUCAACUUAUCUUUUUCUUUCGACCGUUAGGCAAAGAACGAGAGGAACGUGUGAUAUUUCCAUGAUAUUUUCAAUCACGAUUUACCGUUUUCAUCGGCGCUUCAAAAUACUCACGGCCGAGUGAGAUACCGUUAUUAUCUUCUCAGAUAUACCCGUGUUACACCUGUGACAGAAAAAUGUACACAUCGCAUUCUCAGGCGACACGCGUCACGUGUAUACGGCCAUUUUGAACAUUUCAAUUUGAGCGUAAACGAUUAUAGCAUGUGUAGGAACCGCAAGAACUGCUGGGUUCAAAUCCUACUGAAGACAAAAUUUUUACAAAAAAAUAAAACUAACCCAACAUCAACGUCGUUUGUGUUAAAGAUGUUUCUUAUUUAACUUAGGACGUUGCAUAUUAGUUCACUUCGUUUUGCGUAAACUAAAAAUGGCGCUAUCAUAUACCCUAUGCAAUAAAAAAUUGUGACCUUGAUCUAGUCAUAGCGACAAAAGUGACCAACAUAAUUCGAUAUUCCAUUUUCAGAGAAAUAUAUAAAUAGACACUCCCAAGAAACAAGGUUUUUCACUUCCGAAGUUUUCCCUCUGUGGUAGAUCAAGGGUCAUAAUGUUUUAAUUGAGGUUUAAACGCAUACAGUAUUUCGCCUGAACCAUUUGAGAAAGUAUUGAAAAUUUACACUGAGCAAGAGUGUCAAUUUUCAGUAAAAUAAACGUUCUCGCGAUUAAAAAAAGUGUAGGGAACUAUUUUAAUGUAAUUUAAAUAUAAAUUAUAUAUAGGAGACCAAAAUUAUUGUUAUUGCCUAUUUAAAUUGCAAAAACGAUUAAACUGCUGUUAAACUAAACUCAAAACCAAUAAAAAAAAAACAUAUUUUGGAAAUUACAUUGCUAAUCAAAAACAUGUUUACCAAAAGGUUCUGAAGCUCUAAGAUUUCAAGAUUAAAAAUAUUUUUAACAGAACAUUUAACGUCGCCACCAAAUUGGCCAUUAAAAAUAGCAAGGAGGAGGAGCGUCCAUUCGAAUCCAGAAAUCUCUACUUUUGGAAUAAAAUGCUGUCCUAAAAUUUUUAUUAGUUUCACUCAAAUCGCGCACUCACUGGACCCAACUCAACAUAAAAAAACUUCAUUGUCCCUUGGGUACUAAACGUCGCAAAUAAAAUAGCAACAAUAAUCACUGGCUAAAGGUUUUCAAAAUAACUUCACAUCUGAUUAUUCAUUUGAAAUUAUUAACCUCAGAAUUUUUAAUUAAGAAAUAGUAAAGAGGCACUGAAAAUGAAUCACCACGUUUAACAUUCACAAGUCGAAAACCUGGGGAGCAGCAAUGUUUAAUUAAUUUUUUCAGCUCAAGUGUUAUAAUCCCCAAUUUCCAAAGUUUUUAAUUCCAUUUUAUGUCAUAACUCGAAAAUAAGUUGAUGAAUCCAAAACUGACCAAAUAUUAAUACUCUUUCUGAUCAAAAUUUACUCAAAAUAAUUAAAAUGUCAUAAAAAUUCGAUAGGCAAGCAUUUGAAACAAUUACCCCUUUUAAGAAAAGAAAAACGGAUAGAGCCACUCCCAUUUAUAUGUGCUGUGUGUAUAUGAUAACUAACGAUGUAAAAUUGUUAAACUUAACGAAAUACCAAAUAGUAAAAUUGUUGACCUAAAAAUAUAUUUUAAAAACUAUUUUUCAUUGUUGACAUGUGUAUAACAGAUAAGUCUAAUUAGACAUUUACAUUGAUUUAGAUGUCGCAUUUACUUUUAGAUAAUGUAAUUAAAUACACAGAUAUAUAAUUUUAAAGUUGUUUAUACAUCUUUUAUCUAGUCAAAUUUACUCUUAAGUACUUAUUAGGUUGAGAAAAAUGUAUAUUAAGUGAAUAGACUCCACCAGCUUAAAAUGUGAUAAAUAUAUUAGCUUAAUAAAUUGAUUAGUAAAUUUGGCUUUUUUUUUAUUGGUCUUUUCGCAGUCUGCAAAGUAUGGAAUCAUUGUUUUAAGUUUUAAAAACUAAUAUAUUCUAAUUACUUCUUUUUCACCAACAAUUAAGGGAGUAUUAAAAAUACAUACAGAAUAAAAUUUGUAUUGCUAAUCAUUUAUAAACAGAUAAUCUUGUUUUUUUUUAUAUACAAGCAACUUUAGGUUUGGUUAGGUGUUAGGUUAGUAUUAUUUAAAUUUUUUAAUUAUUUUUAAACAGCCAACCUAUAUUAAUGGAUAUUUCGAAUAUGUGUGAAGUUUUGAUCAAAUUUUGUGUGUGUCCUAUAAUUGUCUAAAGUUUAGUAUUUUAAUUUUGACAGAGUUACCAGAUUUCAAGGCAGUCAGCAGUAUUGUGAUUUUUUAAAUUUAAAAAACCAGCAAGUAAGUGGUAAAACUAAUUACUUUUUACAAAGCUUCUGAAUUCCUCCUGCGGCGGUUUUUGUUGAAUCGAACUUGCUAACAUUUUGCCAAUUAUCCUGUUGGCUUGCUAACGUUUCGGAAAUCAUCCUGUUGGCUUCUUCAGAGCUUGAAUGCAACAGUUUUAGUCAAGCUCUCAAGAAGCCAAGAAAAUGAUUGGAUAAACGUUAGCAAGUUCUACUCAGCAAAAACCGAUGGAAGUUUCUUUUAAAAGGUAAAAUUAAUUAUUGUAAAGCUUUAUCCUUUUCUAACUAGUAAAACAAAUAACUACUUUUUUAUCUUUAGGCAAUUCGUGAGGCGUAUAAGUUUUAUAAUAUCAAUUAUUCCUGCAAAGCAGCGUUUAUUAAUCUGUUAUGACAAGGUCAGUGAAUUAUUAUAAAUAAUCGCUUCAUUUGAAUAUUAACUAACAAAUAAUAAGCUAAAUAACCAUUGCAAUUUACAGU